CGGACCGGCAGUCUCGCGCGAACUGUCGUUCGCGACGCAUGUGGUUCCGCGUUCGUUCGUUCCUGUCGAUACGACUGCCGUUAUAAAGCAAGCACUAACGCGAUCUUUGAUUCUGCGAUGAUCAACAGCGUCUCUGUGGUGUCGCGUGAGCAACUCCGAUACUGAUCGAGGGCAGCCGGAAGGAGAUUGCAACGAGCAGAAAAAUGGAUUCUCACGACGGUAGCGCGAAGUUCCCCCAUCGCGAUUCGCGCUUAGAUUUACGUGGGACGCCACGAGCCAUAAUCACGGCAGACUCGAAGCGGGAUGUCCGUGGGUUCGGGCGGGCGGGCACCGUUUAAACGGACCACACAAAGUACUCUAUCGAUUACGAAAAAAUCCAGCGAAAAACAGGCGAAACCCGCGGAGCCGGCAGCAACUGCAGCGGCACCGGCAUCAACGAGAUCAGCGUCGAGCACGGGACGAAAAAGGGACGCGGUCGCGUCGCUCUUCAGCGCGAGGAGGCCGGCAGCGAGUAAGAAAGCCGAGCGCACCGUCGUCCGAGGGGACAAGGCGACGAAGCCGGCGAAUCAGCGGCUAAAAGGACAGCCCAGCCAGCAGUCGGCGCAGCAGCAGCAGCAAUCGGCGCCGCUGCGCCAGGCGUCGAGCGCCUCCUCGCUGGAGGCGAAGAGCGACGUCCCGUCGACCGGGAACAACUGGGCCGGCUCCCUGGGCGGCAAGGAGCCGGCCAGAUCCAAAGCGACGACGACGUCCAAGGGCCCCGGCAAGGCCUCCAGGAUGCAGGAACUGGAGCGCGAGAUCGAGGCCCUACGCAAGGAUCGCGCGCACCUCGAGGCGAACCUGCACGACGCGCUGGCCGAUGCUCAGAAUCUGCGCGAGUUGCGCGCCGAGCUCGCCUCUCUCAAGGAGCAGCAUAGCCUGGAGCUGGAACGUCUUACUGAAGAAAACGAAGCUCUUCGUGCUCGUCUUAGGGACGUGACACACUCUCCGCUGUCAGAUUCAGAGAAACAACAACUGUUGCUAGAUGCUUCGAGACUUCACAACUCUGCACCAGCCUCUAUCGCCAUUCCUCAAGAUGAUGCUUCUGGAAACAAUACCGGUAUACCUCAGGAGGGUGCUCAAUGUACUACUCCUGACUGGGACAAGCAUUCCUCCAGCUCAAUGUCGGAGGUUUCGGUUGCAUGUUUGCAGGAUAGAAUCUUGCAAAUGGAGGAAACACAUUAUUCGACAAAUGAAGAAUUACAGGCGACCAUUCAAGAAUUAAGCGACUUACAGACGCAACUAGUAGAGCUACAAGCGGAUAAUGAAAGAUUAACCGAAGAGAAAACAGUUCUUUUGGAGUCAUUGUGUCGUCAGACGGAGAAAUUAGAAGACUCUCGAUCCAAAGUCGACACUCUACAAGAACUGCUUUUAAGGGAUGAACAGCCACAAGAAGCAUCUAAAGGUUACAAUACGGAAAGGGAGCAGAAACUGGUAGAUCUUUUAAAAAGUGCACAAGAGGAACGAGAAGCUUUGCUUCAAAAGCAGGAAGAGUUAACUAGCGAAUUGAAAAAUCUAAGAACGACUGCUGACGCUAGUGCAGCUGAGACGGAACGUUUGACAAAAUGCCUCGAAUUAUUGGAGACAUCGGUAGACGCUGCGAAUAUUGAACGGAAACAGUUAGAUAUAGAGUUGACGGAAGCUAGGCAAGAGGGUGCAAAUCGCAGUAUAGAAAUCAGCAGAUUGGCAACUCUAUUGGAGAACGCGCGAGCAAAGAUUGAGGAACUGGAACAAUCGAGGCAGCUGGAAAACAAGAGUGAAGCGGACGAAUUGCUCGAUGCGGCUAGACGAGAAAAGGAUACAUUAGAAACGCAAGCGGCGGCACUUCAGGAACAGUUGGCACGUUCGCAUUGCGAUCACGAUCGACUAAGGGACCAAUAUUCGCAACUUCAGGAAGAGUAUAAAGUAGCACGAAACAAUGCGAAAUCUGCUAUAGAUGACUUAGAAUAUAGAUUGAAUCAGUUGAAAGAUGAGCGACUGUCCGUAAGCACGGAACUGCAGCUUGUUCGAGAUUCGUUGGCGGAAUUGCAAACGCAGUGCCAACGGCAUCUGGAGGACAAACGGGAGCUGAAGGCAACAUUGAGCGAGGCACAGCGAAAGGAACGUGAAACGCAAACGCGAUUAUACGAAUUGGAGCGUGCGUUGGCUGACGAGCGCAAGCUAAGGCAGGAUGAGAGCGCAGAAUGGCAACAAUUCCAGACCGAUUUGCUAAUGACGGUGCGAGUUGCCAAUGAUUUCAAGACUGAGGCCCAGAGUGAGCUCGAGCGCGUAGUUAUGGAGAACAAGGCGCAAAGGGAUAAACUCAGAUCACUGGAAGCACAGCUCGAUAAGCUUAACAAAGAUAGCACUGCAGUGACUUGCUGCAAGACACUCGAUAUCGUAAACGGAAGUAAACGGAAAGCAACGAGCGUUAUAUUAAAACGCGGUCGAACGAUACUAAAGAAUCGUUGUGAUUCGAAAAAACAUUCGUUACGAAACAGCUUAUCCAGUAAAAUGAUAACAAGCGGCCAGGACUUACAUAAACUAAAGCCCGAGGACGUUAAUACCAUCGCAUCUCCGUGUCAAAACGGAUUCGAUUUAUCGCCGGAUAAUAGCCUAGCUAUCGAGAACACUACACCAUCGCCCAAAAAGGCUAUUAAAUUGGAGGAUAAACUCAUUUCCGGCGAGGAGAUUGAAAUCUGUCCCGCCUUUCGCAUCAACAAUCAGUGCGUUCCAGAUGAAACGGAUGUGCAUUUAAUAAAUGAGAAUUCAAGACAAGCAAAAAUUUCAGAAGACGAAUCUUCAAAGUUCUAUUUAAAUUUGAAUAACUUUGAAUCGAACAAGUCUCAUAGUUCGAUCAAUUCCGAUAAAUCACCGAUAAUCGCGGAGGAUUAUCCAAAACUGUAUAUUACUGUCACGAACAUAUCAGAUAAAGAGGCUGUGACUAAGAAUUCCUUAUUGAAAAAUAUCCGCAGUAUUCAAAACGCCGAUAGAGAUGCAUAUGGCAUCAACAUCUCGAAUAGUAGAUUCUUCGUACCAAAGGAUUACGUAUAUUCUGGUAUAGAAUGCGUGAUGGACGACUUAAAGUUCGAAGUUGAUCCGGAAAUGGGGAAACUGUUGCAGAGAAGUUACAGUAAUCCGCAGAUCAGCACGAACUCGCCUGUUUUAAUCGACAUUGAAACGGGUCCGUCAUCUUUGAAUAAUAAUACAAUGGUAUCAUCAGAAACUUCAUUGAAUAAUUCAGCAGGACAACGUAACGAAGAUUCAAAUUUCAAAUAUUUAAGGACGCUUUCAGAUACAUCGCUCGUAAAUCUAAGAUCGAAAGAAAGCAAUAGAACCGAACAAAGGCAGAAGCUAUUUUUAAACAAGCGCGAAUCAAAACCAAGUCACGAGGUAAUUGAUUCUCUCUUAGGUGAAAUAACUUCAAAAUCAGAAACAUCUGCGGCAUUACACAUUAGAAAUAUCGAAUCAUUAAACAAACUUGACGAUCGUGUUAAUUUGCACGAGAGCGAAGAAAAAUCACGCGAAAUGAAAUAUGGAAAUUGUACAUUUUCCCCGUCAAAAGUUUCCCAUUCGAGAGACGAAACCGUAAAGCAAGAAACAUGCUAUAAUCAAUUAUGGACAGCAAAACAUGUGAUCAUCGAUGACGAAAAAAUUACAACGAAAUCUGCAUCCGAUAUACUUGAAAAAUCCAAAAUAUCGGAUUCGUCUGAUAAAAAUAUUGCAGCCAAUAUAAAUUCGUUGAAAUUCGAAAAAAUAAAGAGUCCCUAUGAUACGUCAAGUGCUCCUUUAAUGAGGUCGAAAUCAUAUCCAUUGAUAUCCUCGACGAAAGUUCCCUCUGCGUCAAGAUGUCUCUCAUCGAUCUCGAUUACUCCUACAUGCCAGACGCUAAGAAUUUCUUCUGAAAAUGAAAAAAAAAUUUCGGAGUCGCGCAAGUGUUCUUCCAUUGAUAAAAAAAAACAAAUGGAACUUUCGUCGUGUAAUAAAGAGAUACAAAAAUCAGAAAACUCGAAUUUGAGAGAAACUAAUCGCAUACGAUUGAAUCGUAUAAAAUUCUUGCAAAAUAGUUUGCAAGCUGCUGCAAGCGAGAAUGAUUCUCAAAUCGAGAAAGUGGUUCCUUCCGAAAGUAAAUUUUGUAGAAUAAAUGAAACGUCACAAAGUGUCGACUUGGAAUCGGAUCGAAAUAAGGAUCAACCGCUGCCGAUGGGACGAACAUCAUCCUUGAGAGAAAAAUUUGAGACGAUCAUGGAAGACAUUGAAUUAAGGACGUCGUCGGGAAGGCGUUCACAAAUAAGCAAAUCUUGCGACCCUAACCAGAAGGUAGUAAUACAACAGCCGCCUCCAAGACCAGCCAGUACACCAACGGAAACUCAACAAUCUGUAUUGACGAGUGUGCAGCAGGAGAUUGCUGCUCGUAGGAAGGCCAAUAUCUCGCGUCAAGACUCCAGACUUUCUGUGAAAUGUCUAAUCGAGAGUAUUGAGAAUGCUACCAAACAGGCUAAAGCUGGACCUGGAAGUCGUAGCAGUUCUACAUCAUCUCUUAAUUCGAUCGGAACUACCGACAUUAUCUCUUUGAAGGCUCCCCUCAGAGAUCAACAGCAGAUUAAUAAUUUAAUUUGCACGGCAAAUUCGACAAAUAACAAUAAGACGCAAUCUACAAUCGCAAAGAAACCAAUAUCAGAAACAAAGUCAACACCUGUAGUUUUGAGUCCGGGCGAGUUAUUGGACUCGGCCGCCUUAAACGCCAAGGCAAUCGAUUUUGUGCGUCGAAACAGCGUCACUGAUCUAUCGGAGCGCAAAGAUCCUCUGUGCGGUUUAGUUAAAAACGGCGGGUCCAAGCGUAAUGCCUUGCUCAAGUGGUGUCAAAACAAGACGAUAGGCUAUCGAAACAUCGAUAUAACUAAUUUCAGUAGUUCCUGGAACGAUGGUUUGGCAUUUUGCGCACUCAUGCAUUCCUAUUUGCCGCGCAAGGUACCGUAUGACACGUUGACGCCGAUCGAAAAACGACGAAACUUCUCGAUCGCCUUCUCUGCUGCCGAGAGUGUCGGCAUACCUACUACUUUGAAUAUUGGUGAGAUGUGUCAACUCGAGCGACCUGAUUGGCAACAGGUCAUGACGUACGUGACCAGCAUUUACAAGCAUUUCGAAACGUAACUGAUCACUUUUUCGUUAUGUUGCCUACCAGAUAUGUUCUAAUUGUACCUAUCGAAAGUUCUUAAAAUCGAUGAGCGAGAAAGAACAACAGCAUCUAGUCAAACAAAUGUUAUAGGACAAAGCUGAAAGGGAAGAAAUAUGAAACAAAGAUUUGUCCAGAGAUUGUCAAGGAUCGCUGAAGCACUGCCUAAUUAUAUCCCCUUGUUGUACGCUGUAUAUAGUUUCGUAAAAUCGUAAAACGUACGAGCCGCAAGAGUAUAUGCAAAGAAUUCGAUGAAAAACUAAACACCAAAUGGAAUUGCUGUUACUAUGAGACUGAAAAAAACUUUAUAUAUACAUAUAUAUAUGCAUAUAUACGCACGCGCUUUGUAAGAAUGAGACAGAAUUUUUUGAAAAAGGAGAAAAGAUAAUAAAUAACCAUAAGCUUCGUGAAUAGUUUUUUGCAAGCUACGCGCAAUAUUCUUCGAGGUCCAGUGUUACGCAAUGCUACCCAUUUGCAAAGAACAUACCACGCAUUGUCUCUGCAUAGUAAUUUUUUGCACCGUUUUUCUGCAAAGAGUGAAUCGAAUUGCAAGUAAUAUUUGCGUUCCUCGUACCGUGAAUAUUUUUAUAUGUGUAUUAUUUUUUGAAAGAAAUUUUUUGUAGAGUUUACAAAAUACGACGAAUGUACAGAACACAAAGCGCCUUAAUUUAAGAAAUCUAAUUUAUUGUAAUUAGUCGCGUAUAUUUAGUAUGCUCUUAUCGAGCGAAAAAAUCCGUUUAUCCUCCCCUCGCCCCCAUCCAUACUCCCAUAGCAGAAUCGUUUUGCGUUUCUACUUUGCAGGCAGAUAGGGAAAAGGAGAAGGAACAAUUAUAUUGUACGAAGAUUAAAUUCUCUGUGAUAUAGCGAGAUAGCCCCAAGACAGAGAUACAGACGUUAUCGUUAUUGCUAUUACUAUUAUUACACUAUUAUCGCUAUUAAUAUCGUCCUCGUCAUCGUUGUUGUACUAUUGUAGACAAUACAGAUAUCACUGUCUGAACUGUAGAACAAUAAACUUGCCUAAUGGAUAUUUGA